UGCAGGGCGCAGCAGGCAAGGGAACGCAGCCGGAGCCGGGGCACGGAAGCCUCCCCGUCAGUUCAAGACCCGACAUGAGGGAAAAGGGCCGGAGGAAGAAGGGCAGGACCUGGGCGGAGGCCGCCAAGACGGUCUUAGAAAAGUAUCCCAAUACACCCAUGAGUCAUAAAGAAAUUCUACAAGUUAUCCAGAGGGAAGGACUAAAAGAAAUCAGGAGUGGGACAUCUCCUCUUGCAUGCUUAAAUGCAAUGCUGCACACAAACUCCCGAGGUGAAGAGGGCAUCUUCUAUAAAGUCCCAGGUAGAAUGGGAGUGUAUACUUUGAAGAAAGAUGUGCCAGAUGGAGUGAAAGAGCUGUCAGAAGGUUCAGAAGAAAGCAGUGAUGGUCAGUCAGAUUCUCAGAGCUCUGAGAACAGCAGCAGCAGUGAUGGUGGCAGCAACAAAGAGGGGAGAAAGAGCAGGUGGAAAAGGAAAGUAUCAUCUAGACUGUCGCAGCCAUCCUCUCCCCAGUCAGGCUGCCCAUCACCCACCAUUCCAGCAAGUAAAGUAAUUUCUCCAUCACAGAAGCAUAGCAAAAAGGCAUUAAAGCAGGCCCUGAAGCAGCAACAACAGAAGAAGCAGCAGCAGCAGCAGCAAUGCAGGCCAAGCAUGUCCAUCUCCAAUCAACACCUCUCUCUCAAGACUGUCAAAGGCAGUGACUCAGCACCAACCAAACCUGCCCUGUGGGAAGGAAAGCAGUCUGAUGGACAGUCAAGCAGUCCGCAGAACUCAAACUCCAGCUUUUCUUCUUCAGUGAAAGUGGAAAGUUCUCUGCUAGGCUUGGGGAAGAAAUCUUUCCAGAGAUCUGACAGACUCCACACAAGACAAAUGAAAAGGACUAAAUGUGCUGAUAUUGACGUUGAGACACCCGACUCCAUUCUAGUUAAUACUAAUCUUCGAGCACUGAUCAACAAGCACACCUUUUCAGUUCUUCCUGGAGAUUGCCAGCAGCGCCUGCUCUUACUGCUUCCAGAGGUGGAUCGACAGAUUGGUCCUGAUGGCUUGAUGAAGUUGAAUGGCUCAGCCCUUAACAAUGAGUUCUUCACUUCUGCAGCCCAAGGCUGGAAGGAAAGGCUCUCAGAAGGUGAAUUUACUCCUGAAAUGCAGGUAAGAAUUCGACAAGAGAUUGAGAAGGAGAAGAAAGUAGAGCCCUGGAAGGAACAAUUCUUUGAAAGCUACUAUGGUCAGAGUUCUGGCUUAAGCCUUGAAGAUUCACAGAAAUUGACGGCUUUCCCCACUGAUUCCAAAGUCAAGAAAACCCCAGCUGAGCAACCAAAAUCCAUACUUCCUUCAGAGGCCUCUCCAGUCAGAAUCAUCCCAGUAGUUCCUCAGUCAGGGUGUAAAGAAGAAGUAGUGCAAAUAUCAUCACCAUUUAGAAAAGAAGAAAGCCAAGAUGAGACAUGGUCAAAAUCUAGAUCCCCAGAACCUGUCCUUGCAUCAGCCAGCAAUACAAACGAGCUUAUCACAUUGAAGCCUAUCAAGUGCCCUAAAGAUGAGGGUCUCUUAGAGCAGAAGCCAGUUGCCUGUGCUGAACAAGAGUCUGAGAAAGAAAAUCAUGUCACCACAACUUCUAAUGAUAACAAAAGUGAGAACCAAGAAGUGUUGGCUGUAUCCCCAAGCAACUCUAAAAAUGCAGGGUUAGAAAAAACCGUAACAAAGGCUGUUGCAGAAGCCUGUCCACUGGACCCUGAAACAAAGCUGCCUCCAGCAACUCUUACUGAUCAGAUCCCAGAAAGUCUCAAGAGGAAAUCUUCUCUUGCCCAAGAAGAGGCCACUAGCAGCUGGGAGAAAAGACCACGAAUCACUGAGAAUCGCCAGCACCAGCAGCCAUUUCAGGUCUCUUCACAGCCCUUUCUUAAUAGAGGGGACAGGGUCCAAGUGCGAAAAGUCCCACCUCUCAAGAUCCCGGUCUCCAGAAUCUCCCCGAUGCUGUUUUCUACAUCGCAGGUCUCUCCCAGGGCUCGUUUUCCAAUCUCCAUCACUAGUCCUUACAGAACAGGAGCCAGAACUCUGGCAGACAUCAAAGCAAAAGCCCAGCUGGUCAAAGCACAGAGGGCAGCAGCCGCAGCAGCUGCUGCAGCUGCUGCAGCCGCCUCAGUUGGAGGGACCAUUCCAGGACCUGGCCCUGGGGGUGGACAAAGUCCAGGAGAGGGUGGUGAAAGGAAAACUGCUGGAGGGGGGAGUCCAGGCUCAGACAGAGUCAGUACAACUGGAAAGGGUCCCACACUGGAACUGGCAGGAACUGGAAGCAGGGGAGGUAAGGGAGAGCGUGUACCCUGUGGUCCCCAACCUGAGACCAAUACACCAGGCCAAGCACAGCCUCCUUGUGUCUCUGGAGCACAACUACAGCAAACCUCCUCAGUGCCUGCAGCACUUGCCAUCAGUGGAUCAUGCACAAGUGUCCCAUUACCAGCCCACAUAGAGAUACUGAACAGUGAAAAACUGAACCCCCACAAGGCAGCAGCCAUAGCGGCCUCUCCUUGCCACCCACAAGAACUUAGUAGUUGCAGACAGGAGAACACUCCUUCUCCAGCAGGGCCUGCCCUGAUCUCCGGAGCCCCACCUGCUUGUUUUGUAGCUGAUGGCACAGUUGAGCCCAAAGCAGGUUCUAAUAAGAAUGCACCAAAGCCUUCAGCCUUGACCAAGACAUCUGCUUCUGCUCUACCGGAUGUGACUUCCUCCCCUGUAAUAUCUUUAUUGACAACAGCCAGUUUAGAAAAACUCCCUGUACCCCAGACGAGUGGAGCUGCAACGUCUGCUGGGUCAGCUCCAUCCUCAAGCACUUUGCCAGUAGCUUCUAGCCUUAAAACUCCAGGAACUUCUGCAAAUAUGAAUGGACCCAUUUCAAGACCAACUUCUAGUAUCCCUGCUAAUAAUCCUUUAGUUACUCAGCUCCUCCAGGGCAAAGAUGUUCCCAUGGAGCAAAUUCUGCCUAAACCUCUCACCAAAGUUGAAAUGAAAACAGUUCCACUGACUACAAAAGAGGAAAAGGGAAUAGGAGCAUUCCCUGGUACCAAUGUAAUGGAAAGUGGCACCAGAGAGGAAGUUAAUGGCAGGCAGGCCCAUCUGGCUAUCCAGCAGCUGGGGAAACCCUUGCAGAGCAAGCAGCUUUCCCAGGGUCCAAGGCCAGUCUUCACAGCUAAGGAGCGGAGAGACUCUUGCAUUGACUCUCAACAGUACCAAGAAGGACUAAGUAAGACAACGCAAGAUCAGCUUUUUCAGACCCUCAUCCAGAGGGCACAAAGACAGAGUGUGCUUUCAUUUGGGCCCCCCUCUCAGUUCAGCUUUGCUCACUCAGGUUUCCCCUUGGAAGACAUCUCCACAAGCCAGAAGUUCAUGCUGGGUUUUGCUGGCAGAAGGACAUCCAAGCCUGCAAUGGCAGGUCACUAUUUACUUAAUAUUUCCACCUAUGGCCGGGGUUCAGAAAGCAUUAGGAGGACCCAUUCUGUAAAUCCUGAGGAACGAUUUUGUCUAAGUAGCCCCACCGAAGCCUCAAGAAUGGGAUACACAGAUUGUAAAAACACAACUGGAGAAAGCAGCAGCAGCAAAGAAGAUGAAACUGAUGAAGAGAGUGUCGGUGAGGAGCAGGAGCCUGUGUCAGUGAAAGAGGAACCCUGGGUUUCUCAGAGUUGUGGCAAGCGUCCCCAUGGUAGAGAGACUCCAUCCACCAAUGAUUGUUUAGCUAGCAAGAGUGGUAAGACUGAGGCACCAGUGAGUGAGCAAACCACUUUAGGCAAGGAGAAUUAUAUAUUCUCUAGAGGCCAAACAUUUGAUGAAAAGACCCUAGCCAGAGAUUUUAUUCAGGCAGCACAUAAACAAAUGACUCCUUCUCUGAGAGGUAAGACAGUAUGUAGUAGCCCUGAGCUUUUCAAUUCUACCGCCCUUUCUCUCCCUGCAGACAGUCCCACGCAUCAGCCUCUCCUUCCACCACUGCAAACCCCCAAAUUGUAUGGGAGCCCCACACAGAUAGGGCCAAGCUAUAGGGGCAUGAUCAAUGUCUCCACCUCAUCAGACAUGGACCAUAACUCUGCUGUACCAGGUAGCCAGGUAUCUAGCAAUGUAGGGGAUGUCAUGUCGUUUUCUGUGACUGUCACUACCAUUCCUGCUAGCCAAGCUAUGAAUCCCAGCAGCCAUGGCCAGACAAUUCCUGUUCAGGCUUUUCCUGAUGAGAAUAGCAUUGAGGACACUCCUUCAAAAUGUUAUUGCCGGUUGAAAGCCAUGAUCAUGUGCAAAGGAUGUGGAGCUUUCUGCCAUGAUGAUUGCAUUGGCCCCUCCAAACUGUGUGUCUCCUGCCUCGUCGUUCGGUAAUAAAACUACAAUAUAUGUAAAGAGGGAAGGGUAGGCUUAACAAGACGUGUUCUUGCACCCUUUUGAAAUCACAGAAAUAAAGUUUCAGUUGUCUCAAGAGACGUUAAUCAGGAAUAUAGAGUGCAGGUCUUCACGUUUACAGGAAGAGCACCUUGUAUAGUAAGUCUGAGUCGAAUAGGACUAUGAAUUGGUGACAAGUUUGCACUUAAAAAUCAUGUAAAUAUGUCACGUUUUGUUUUAACAUUUUUUUUCCACGUAUUUAGAUAAUGAUGUGUUAACUUUACAUUCAGAUUUAUGUUCCAUUUCUUUUGAAUCUGAGAAAAGUUGAAUGGUAUGCAUGGUGAAAGGAAGCUGUCUGCCUCUGACCCCGAGCUAGGAAAAGGAAGGAGUGGUCAGGAAGUGACCAUCAUGCUGAUUAUGUCUUCACAGACUGGCUGCAGGCUCUUCACAGAGAAGAUGGCCUUUGUGGAAUUUAGAUUCAAGGGUUUACUCAGCCCUUUAUUUUAGGUGAAACCAUUUUCAGUGGAAUUUUUAGAAAGGUAUUAACAUCCCAGACAAUGUGUUUGACCCUGACAGUCUUGGCUUAGCUUUUUGCUUUCAUAAAUCAGUACUAUUGUCAAGCAGAGCUCUGCUGUUGCCCAGACAAUGAAUGUUAUUUAAGAAGGGUCUGUCUGCCUCUGAAGGACUCCUAUGUUAGUCUAGUAUAUACAUGGCAAUAGUUCCAGCAAUAAUAAGCAAUAUGUCCCAGUGCUGCAUCUUUCAUGGGCUCCCACAAACAGAUCUGAAAUACCAGUGAAAAGUAAAAUGAGCAGCCACAUUAGUUAUUGGGGUGGGUGUGUAUGUAUGUAUGUAUGUGCUGUGUCUUGAUGGAAACUGAAGAAACCGAAACUUCAAGAAAUUUGGAAGAAUGAUUUUAACACUGGACACAAAAUACUCUUCCUAUUCUCUCAAACCAUUUUAGAUAGAAAAGGUCCUUAGUACUUCUGUUCUGCUUUGCCAUCACAAGCAUGAGAGAUGGCUGCGGUGAUCUCACUCCAUCUUACACGUUUUACCCACACACAGUACAAGAAGACAGUUCACUAUUUUAGUAGUGUGUUUUUUCUAGAAUUUCUGCUCUCUGCAUAGCCAGGAUGCCUGAGGUAAUUUUGCUGUUUUGGUUUGGUUUGGUUUGGUUUGGUUUGGUUCUUAAAAUCCUUCUCCCAGCAUUCCGGAGGCAGAAGCAGACCAAUCUCUGAGUUCAAGGCUAGUCUAAUCAUUAUGAUGAGUUCUGGGACAGCCAGAGCUAUCUAAAGAAACCCUCUCUCCAAAAAUCUAAAGAAAGAGGUCUCUGUUAAAAACCAAAAAAACUAAGUUGGUGGAGAUGGUGACACACUUUUAAUCACAGCACUUAGGAAGGCAGAAACAGGUAGAUCUCAGUAGUUCAAGGCCAGUAUGGUUUACAUAGCAAGUUCCAGGAAACACAGUAAGACACUGUCUUUUAAAACAAAAAGCUAUCUGCAGAUUUUAAGCAAAUACUGUUCAAGUCACAGUUAAAGACAGUUUAAGAAAAAUGUCAGUUUGAUUUCAAGUCUCCUAAUUUGAAGUGUGUGAUGUAUAUUGCAACCCAGUACAGGUGUGUUUCAAAAGCUAUUUAUAAAACUCAGGACAAUUUAACCCUGUUAAUUGUAUCACAUUCCAGAUCGGGGAAAGGAGACAGUAUUGUGUUUUGCUCGCCUUGGGAUACUCACCCUUGGCCAUCCUACUUGCAUGAAAUACUCGGAGUGCCUCCUCAGUCCCUGCUCCAGACUAAGAAACUCACUUUUUAUUUUUCUUUCCUGCUCUUUGGCCCUAAGUGAUUACAGGCUUAAAAUCUGUGUUAGUACCAGUCAAGACAGUUUGCUAUCCUUCUAUAUUCCCUCUUUAUUCCAGUAAAUGCAAAGCUAAGAGAAAAGAAAGGCUGCAAGGAUUCAGGGUUAAUAAGUGUGUUUGUUCUGAAGUGAAGGACCAGUAGGGAAUAGAAGCCAGGGUUCUCCCAAGCCUUCAGGAUCGUGGGUAGUCCCCAUGGGACCUUAAAAGACCUGUAUCUGAGUAGUCUCCUUGUCUAGUCAGCUGGAAGAGGGUGAAUGGUCCAGAAUGGACUUCCUGCUGUCAGUGGCUAGUUUGUAUUGGGGAAAGUUAUUUUUCUGUGUUCCACCUUGCUUACUAAAAAGGUUCCAUGGUUUCCUUAAUCUGAGAAUGGAUGGACAGUGAAAAGGCAUUUGGGUCCAUUUAAAGAGGAAACCACAUCGUUCCUCUUCUUGAUCCAAACUCAGGCCUUAUAGGUCCUAAGUAUCACUCUUCACCAAAUUCCACUAAGUACCACCAGCUAAUUUGCACUCAAGAGUAUUCCAGAAUCAGAACUUACCAGCUAGGUACACUGCCUCAGGCUUGACAAGAAGAAAUUUUUUUUCUUAGAUUGAAAAUAUGUUAAAUAAGAAUCCAUUUAAUCUGUUUUAAAACAUGGUUUUAGAAGAGGAGCAUUCAUCUUAUAAAUGAACAGCAAAACAAAACGAUAGUCUGGUCCCUUAGUUGGGUUUGGCACUCCAGUACCAGUUGACACAAUUAUAUUAUAGCUUUUCAGUUAUUUUGCCUUUAAAUUCAAAAAUGGUUCAAGAAGUACUAAGCUUACUCUUUGGGUUUUAGGUGGCAAUUUUUAGUGAGGUUUUUAACAUGAUACACAUGCCAGUGUGCCCCUCCACUUCUGCACAUCAGCCCUGGGGGACAUUCACAGUGUGUCAUCUCAGUAUGGUUAAGUGUUCUGAGUUGCCUACGUAGAACACUCCCUGAAUCCAAGUUCUUUUUUUUUUUUUAAUCACCAUUCUUUAUCCCAUUAAUUUAGCAGGGGGUGGGGCACAGAUAACCUGAAGCUGUUUGCCCUACUUCGGUUCUUUAACCUCUGUGCUCAAGAGACUGAAGCUGUCUUUGGUGUUCAGUGACAUUUCUUUAAGAGUGGAAGCUGGCAAAUGAGGGAGCUUUUCUUGGGAUGGGAAAGCUGUGCUUUCGUGGUUAUAGAUUUGGGGAUAUUUGAGACACUCUCAGAUGUAAACUAAUAGCUAAAGGAAGACUUCACUGCCUUCCAGGUUGAAAGUAGGAGGUCCCACAUUGAUAGGCCCAUCAGUUACCAUUCUAAUUGCUCCGUACUGCUUUCCUCCACUUUAGAAAAUCUUAAUGAGCUCUUCGGUUAAAUGGUUCAUUAAGAUGAGGGAUUUCGUCAUUAUAGUUCUAUUUAUUUUAGAGCUCAUUGUCAGCAGUGUCAGAAUUGUUUUCUCUCUGACUUCACAUCAUAACAAGAAAGUUUCCCGUUGCAUAACAACAAUGCAUACUAAGUGAAAAACUUGGCCAUGGGCAGUUUGCAGCUCAAUUUUUAGAACAGUCCAAAGAGACUUUGUGAAACGUGACAGGCAGGGACCUUUUCCUAUGUGUUUCAAUACCUACACACCUAUUGAACAAAACAAUAGGUAGACAUUUCCUAAAGUUGAAGCAGUAGCUUCAUAGAGUCUUGGUUACUUUAUUUUUUUUAAUGCUUUACAUUUGAUACAACUAUUAAAGAUCAAUUUAAAAAUAACUUUCCAGUAAUAUAUUUUAAGUAAUAUAUAUUUUAAUAUCUAUGUAAAAAGUGACAGUGGAAGACUGAAUUUCUCAUAUGGUAUGUUUAAUGUAGGAUCUCACUGUUAAGGCACAAAUUAUUUCAAAGGAAUUACUCUAAAAACACUCGGAUUAUUUCCCACAAGAAAAGAAAAUGCAAUAAUGGGAAUGAUUUGGGGCUUUUAUUUUAAAAGAGAAUUGACUUAUUUACCACAAGCUAUUUUUCCCUCUCUGAUGAUAAGGUUUGUACAGACUGGUUUGGUAAAUGCUAAAUUUUUGUGUCUUUUGCCUUUUUAAAGGAAUUGUUAACAUUGGAAUUGAGGGUAUGUACAGAGAAGUUGGUGUAGACACCAUUUAAUAAGUCAUAUUUUUUCACAAAUAAGGAAAAAUCAUUUUAAUAAGAAUUUUAAGUAUUUGCAAUAAAUAUAUGUAUAUAGAUUGUAUGUAUUCAUAUAUUAUUUUUCAUUUUAUUAUUAAGUAAAAGAUAAUUAAAAGUGAAAUUUAAAACCUUGUAGUUUUUGAUGAAUCUUGAGGUCUGACAUCUGAAUGUGACGUGGGGAAGGGUCCUCAGAUAGUUGCCUUACACAGUUAUGGAAAGGUCCAGCACAGACUGGGAAAGAGUGCACUGAGGAACCUGGCCAUAAGUCAGGGUCGUGUGUUUCAGAAUGUAUGUGAAAUUAUCAAAACUUCACAGCUUAGCUAUUUCAUGUUUCUGCCCUCAUCUGUUCCUUCUCCUAACCACUGGGAGACACUGGGAGAGCAAGGAAAACAAUAGUCUUCUGUAGUGUGCCUGUGGCAUCCUCUAAUACUAAGGAAGGUAAGGCGGUGUGUUAGGGGAACAGGCUUUUCUGGAUAGUGGUUGAUGUAUACCAAGCCCUGGGGAUGUUGAAGAACUAGCCUCUUAAAGAUACAGAAGACUUGUUUUCUCUGGGGUGAGCUGCUUAGCCAAAUUCAUGUCCUACUUGACUGAUCUAGGCAGAUCAAAAGCUAGAUCUGUGGCAGGAACACCUGUGCUUUGAUUAAGUUGUGUUUCUGCAUAAUUGUAAAGAUGGCUUGUGUUAAGAGCAUUUAGGGAAAGGAGCAGUGGGCAGAAUAUUUGAAGUUAAUUGUUUUUGGUCCCACACACAAAUUACUGUUGAAUCAAAGAAGACUCUUGCAGUUGUAUAAUAAUCUUAGGAUGUAAUUGAACAGAGUAUCUGGAUAGGUAGUCUUAGAGAUAAAGAUAGGUCUUCUGUAAAAUGAGUGAUGAAGUUCAGUGAUAGAAGUGUGUCCACCUGCUCUUCCUCAGGAGUGCUGAGAUUAAAGGCAUGUGCCACCAAGCUAGGCUACAUAUGGUUUUGUUUUGUUUUUUUAAGUAUCUUGAAGUUUCCAAUAUCUUAAUUAUAUGGAAACAUUGAAGUUAAUCCAGCCAUCCAAGAGAUUGUGUUACAGAUCUCAGAUGAAAGUACUAGUUCUGAAAUAAAAUUUUUGGGACCAUGAAAGAGCUCAGUGUGUAAAAGCACUUGCUGCCCAAGCAUGAUAACCUGCUUACAGAACCCUGACAUGCACCCAUAGAAGGUGCAUGUUUGUGGCAUUUGCAUGUAACACCAGCUGGGGGAGUUGGAGAAAGGCUGAUCCUGGAGGUUUCCUAACCAGUUAAACUCCAGGUUCAGUGAGAAUACCCUAUCUCCGUAAAGUGGAGAAUCACUGAGGAGAACAUUCCAACAUGGACCUUUGUCCUCUACAUGUGCCUAUGCAGGAAAGUGCACUUGAAUUACAUAUUUGUGCACAUGCAAAGGAAAUUUAUUAUGGAACAUCUACAUCAUAAUUCAUAAUGAUGGGAAUGAAAGUGGAAUGACCAUUAAAAUACUACCAUUUAUGUAAUUGCACAUAUUUAUCAUUUAGCUCAGUCACUUCAUGAACAAAUCCAUAUUCACAUGAUAAGGGAUUCUAUUUCCAGAAUCUUAGAAACUUAUGUUUGUUGCUUUUUACACCACUUUAUCUCAACUGAUUUUUAGUCACAGUAAACAUUUCUCGACUUUAUACAAAUUCUGAUACUUAAGUAUUUAUUGGGUAUUAACUGUGUUCAGCUGGUUUUGCAAGAAAAAACUCCCCUAAACAGUUCUUCCUAAAAUUGCAACCAUGCAUCACUGGCUGUAGUUUUUUAAUCAAUGAUGUGUUUCCCAAAGUACUAAGUAUAAGUGAGUUGUAAAAUGGACCUGGAUGAAGCAGUGAUGUGAAAGAUACUGCCUGUGGAUGAAAGCAGCUAAUACAGACCUGAGGUGCCAUGUUGGUAAGACGUGCCUUUUUGGAAUCAUUGAAUGGCAAGCUAAACAGCUGAAGGGCAAUCCACACUAUACUGUCCGCUCAUGUCCCUGCAUGCCAGAAGAGGGCACCAGAUGUCAUUAUAGAUGGUUAUGAGCCACCAUGUGGUCGCUGGGAAUUGAACUCACUACCUUUGGAAGAACAGCCAGUGCUCUCAAUCUCUGAGCCAUCUCUCCAGCCCCAGCUUUGGGAAUUUUUAAACAUUAAGUUUCACAUUCUUGGCCAGAAACUGAGUCCCUUUAUUUGAAUUUCUACGUCCUUCGUUUUUUUUCCAUAACAAUGAAAAGGAUCACCUUAGUAAAUUCUUAGUUUUUUUGUUUGUUUGUUUGUUUGCUUUUAAUCUUAUGCCAUUAAGUCACAGAAUUAAAAAGUGCACUUCAGCCAUUUUCCUUAGGCCCAAGUCCCAGUUCUUUAGGACUUUCUGGAUAAUAUGAAGUCAUGGUCAGCACAUGCUCUUUAAUUUUCCUUACCUCUUUAAUCAGAUGUUCAGGUUCAUAACUUGCUUUCUCUAUGCCAAAAUGUGUGUAUUUACACUUCAAAGAGCUGCUCAGUGGAUUUCAAGUGAUUUUUUUUUUUUUCAGCUCUGUUCAGGUCACUUUCUGUCCUUGUGACCUUUCACAGGUGAUAGACUGUAGACAGAGGAAUGAAUACUUCUAUAUACAAAAGCAUUCACUCUUAUCCUAAGAAUGGGACUUCGCAGAAGGCUCUCAACCACAGAGAGAGAAUCUGAAAAACUCAGAUGAUCAGUGGGAGAGACCAGGUGUGACUAGGUGGGUUCUUCCCAAGUCUGAAUUUUUUUUCCCCCGAAAAAGAGACUGAGGGACAGAAAUAAAGGUCAAAUCUUGGUUUUCAUGUUAACUUCAAAACUUAAAGGAUCCCUUGGGGAGAAGACGCAGCAGUUGUGGUUUUUAGUUUUUGUUUUUGUUCUUCCAGAACUGAGGACUGAACCCAGGGCCUUGCGCUUGCUAGGCAAGUGUGCUACCACUGAGCUAAAUCCCCAACCCCAAGUUGUGGUUUUUAAAUGGACAUAAGUAGACUUUGAGUUGAGUGCCGUAUUCUUUUUUAAAAGAACUCUUAAAAAUUACAGAUUCAUUUAAUAUGAGUCACCAUGAGUGUAACAUGGAAUUUGUUUUGAGACAUAUUGAAAAAACAGGUUUUUUUUUUUUUUGGUUUUUUUUUUUGUGAAUUACAGCAGCUUUUGCUACAAGUUGGGGCUUGGGGCUGUGUACCUAUAUCCAAACUUGACUGACUUCAUGAACACUAUUAUGCCAACCUGAGCCAAACUCAAUUUCACUAAAUUUAAUCAAGAUUCCUCACUAUUGGGGGCUGGAGAGAUGGCUCAGCGGUUAAGAGCACUGUCUGCUAUUCUAAAGGACCCAGGUUCAAUUCCUAGCACCCACAUGGCAGCUUACAACUGUCUGUAAUGCCCAGUCAAAGUGAUCUGACACCUUUACCCUAAUGCACAUAAAAUAAAGAUAAAUAAAUAUUUUUUAAAAAUACUAUUAAAUGAGCCCAAUAAGAAAGUGCAUUCAUUCAUACAAAAAUAUCUGAAGAUGUGUUAGAAUUAUUUUGCACAUAGCCUAGUUCCUUUGUGUGAAAUGGAAUAUAAAAUUACUCUUAAAGCCAGAAUCUAAUGUUUUCAGAUAACUUAGUUUCAAAAUGAAAUUGGAGCUUCACCCUCAAGUUAGUAGUACUUUUCCAGUUAGCUUAACAUUGGAAAACUUAAUAGUGACCCUGCUGCACUCUGUAGGCCAUCCCUUAGCACAUGUAAAUUGAGUUCUUCCAGAGUCUCAUUCAGCCACCCAUGGUUAGAGGAGGAGAGACAGGUGUGGUCACAUGCCUGAAGUUCCCAGCAAUUGGCAAGUGAAGCCUGGAAGAUAAGUUCAAGACCAUCUUCAGCUAUAGAAAAUCCAAGAUCAGACUGAGCUACAUGAGACCCUGUUUCAAGAGUGAGGGGGUGUGCUAGGUGGAGAAUAUGAUAGCUUAAUCAAAGUUGUUCUUAGAAAAAUACACAAGAGACCCAGUACAUGGCAAAUGAAGUGGAAAGCCUCAGUAGCCAUAAGUACGUUGAUGUGUUCUCAGGACUCCUAACUGAGGGAGCUCCCGCAGCACACCUUCCACAGCACCAAGAGAAUCAGAAUGAAAGCGAUGACCUUAGCUCUAGUCUGACUGAAGUCUUUGUGUAAGUAAGCCGGAGCACUUGGCACAUGUUAGUGCCUUUCAAUUCCACACUACCCCUGUCACUUUCUACUCUUCUUUUGAUUGGUACUAUACAAGCUGUCUUAAAAGUUGACUGUAUAAUGGUUCUGUCUUAAUGACUCAUGUUGAAUAAAGGCAUACAUUCAGUUUUGC